AAAUAUUGAAAAGAUUCUUAUAAAAUAUAAAUUGCGAAUUACAAAACGAAUUUCAGUUAUUCAAUUCGUUAUAGCCGACUAUAUAAGGACAACAGCACGUCAAACCGGCAUUGCCAAGUUUAUCAAACUUAAGAUUCAAAUCAGAAAUUCGAAUCAUAUCUUAAUAUGCUGGACUUUUACUAUAUGCUCUACUCGGCGCCCUGCCGCUCGAUUCUGAUGUUGGCGCAGGCUUUGGGUGUGGAGCUGAACAGGAGGCAGGUGGACCUGGAUGCGGGUGAUCAUUUGAAGCCAGAGUUUGUUAAGAUUAAUCCUCAACACACGAUUCCCACGCUGGUUGAUGGCGACUUUGCCUUGUGGGAAUCACGUGCCAUCUUGCUGUAUCUGGUGGAAAAGUACGGCAAGGAUGAUGCACUGUAUCCAAAGGAUCCUAAGCAGAGAGCCUUGAUCAAUCAUCGCUUGUUCUUCGAUUUGGGCACAUUGUAUCAGAGCUAUGUCUAUUAUUACUAUCCGCAACUGUUUGAGGAUGUUAAGAAGCCGGCUGAUCCCGAGAACCUCAAGAGGAUCGAUGCUGCGUUCGCUGCCUUCAACACUCUGCUCGAGGGCCAGAAGUAUGCGGCUGCUGAUAGGCUUACUGUGGCUGAUUUUGCGCUCUUGGCCACCGUUUCCACUUUCGAUGUGACCGGAUACGACUUUGGCAUGUACACCAAUGUGACCAAUUGGUAUGAGAACGCCAAGAAAGAGGUGCCCGGCUGGGAGGAAAACUGGGAGGGCUGCUUGUACUACAAGAAAUUGUAUUUAUCGCAGCUAUAGGGAUUAAUCAUUGAUAUUAUAUAUGAUAUUCAAGGCAUAUUAUUAAAACUAUUGUUGCCAUGUA